GCACUUUCUGAGAUCACUCCACUUUGCUGUUUUUCCUUUUUCCAUCUCUGUGUGAGUGUGCGUGUAUCUCCCUGUCUCUCCUCUUCUCCCACCCACGACACAAUUUGACCCCCCCUCCCCAACACACACACACAAGCUGGGCUUACUGGUAUGAACUUGAAGACUUGCAGUACCAAAAUGCAUGUGUUACCUUGGGAUGCACUAGAAUCUGAAUGCUUGAAAAGCCUGCAGGCUGCUUAGUCCUCCAAGACUGGGUUUUUUAAACCAAACAAGAAAAGAACAAGUUGUGCACUUUCUUUUUUAAAUUCUUUCUUUAUUUUUUUUUUUCUUCCUUUCUCUUUUUUAUGCUUUGGAUAUUACUGAAGAAGGAAUUCCGGGGAUUCCCACACUUGGACUUUACUGAAUCAGGCUGCAUCUGACAAAUGCCUCCAUCUAGUCUGCAUUUUGGUUUGGCUAGAGAUCGACCAGGAUUUUUCUGAUUAUAUCUUUUGGAAAAAGGAUGCAUGGCAUAGAAAGAAGGUCUAAGUGCCUGUCUGAGACUAUUUCACCAAACCUGGGAUAAAUGUUACAUCUCAAAGGUACUGUUGCAUGAUUUACCAUGGAAAAAUUGCUCUGCAGCAUCCUGUUUUUUGGAAUGGCUGUCACGGUCAACGCUUGUCCCAAAUAUUGUGUCUGCCAGAACCUGUCUGAGUCUCUGGGGACUUUGUGUCCCUCCAAGGGUCUCCUAUUUGUACCACUAGACAUAGACAGAAGGACUGUUGAACUUCGACUUGGGGGCAACUUUAUUAUUAAUAUCAGCCGACAGGAUUUUGCCAAUAUGUCUGGGCUUGUUGACCUUACUUUGUCCAGAAACACCAUCAGCUACAUACAGCCCUACUCUUUCACUGACUUGGAGAGCCUUCGGUCUUUACAUUUGGACAGCAACAGACUGCCUGACAUUGGAGAGGAUAUUUUGAGAGGCUUAAUUAACCUUCAGCAUCUGAUUUUAAACAACAACCAGCUAAGCAGCAUCUCUGAUGAAGCCUUCGAGGAUUUUUUGCUGACAUUGGAAGACUUAGAUCUUUCCUACAAUAACCUCCGAAGCAUUCCCUGGGAAUCUAUAAGGAACAUGAUAAACUUGCAUCAGCUCAGUUUGGAUCAUAACCUGAUAGAUUAUAUUACAGAGGGGACGUUUGCGGAUCUUCAGAAAUUGGCCAGAUUGGAUCUAACAUCCAACAGACUUCAGAAGCUCCCCCCAGACCCUAUAUUUGCCAGAUCUCAAGUAAUUCCAUUAGACGUUACCCCAUUUUCUCCACCUUUGUCUCUCAGCUUUGGGGGCAAUCCACUACAUUGCAACUGUGAGCUACUGUGGUUAAGGCGACUUGACAGAGAUGAUGAUAUGGAAACUUGUGCUUCUCCUCCAGGUCUAAAGGGAAGGUACUUCUGGUAUGUACAGGAGGAAGAAUUUGUUUGUGAGCCUCCUCUUAUCACACAACAUACUCACAAGUUGCUGGUUUUAGAAGGGCAAACUGCUACACUGAAAUGCAAAGCCAUUGGAGAUCCCAUCCCCAUCAUUCAUUGGGUGGCCCCUGAUGACCGUCUCAUUGGGAACUCUUCAAGGACAGCCGUCUACGACAAUGGUACCUUAGAUAUCCUCAUCACCACCUCCAAGGAUUAUGGGACUUUCACUUGCAUAGCAGCCAAUGCUGCUGGAGAGUCCACUGCAACAAUUGAGCUCUCCAUUGUUCAGCUCCCCCACCUCAGCAACGGCACAGGCCGAGCAGCCCCACCAAAAUCCAGGCUCUCAGACAUCACCAGCUCCAGCAAGUCUAAUCGUGGAGAAACAAAAGCCCCACCAGAAAGGGCUGUCCUGGUGUCAGAUGUGACCACUACCUCAGCUUUGGUCAAGUGGACAGUGAGCAAGUCAGCUCCUCGGGUAAAAAUGUAUCAGCUGCAGUAUAAUUGCUCAGAUGAUGAAGUCCUGAUCUACAGGAUGAUUCCAGCUACCAACAAAGCCUUUGUUGUAAACAACCUUGUUUCUGGAACAGGCUAUGACCUCUGUGUCCUGGCAAUGUGGGAUGACACGGCCACAACCCUUACUGCCACCAAUAUUGUGGGAUGCGCCCAGUUCUUCACCAAAGAGGACUACCCGCAGUGCCAGUCGAUGCACAGCCAAUUCCUGGGUGGGACCAUGAUUCUGAUCAUUGGAGGCAUCAUUGUGGCAACUUUGUUGGUAUUCAUUGUAAUACUCAUGGUCCGCUAUAAGGUCUGCAACAAUUCCCAGGGGAAGAUGUCUAACGUCAGCAAUGUCUACUCACAGACAAAUGGAGCACAACCAGUUCAAAAUGGAGUCUUGCCCCAGGUCAACCCCAAAGUGGUGGUGAGAAAUGAACUUAGGGAGUUUAACUGUCAAUCUGCACGGAGUAGCAUCUCCUCUUCCUCAAGCUCUGCAAAUAGCCAUGACUGUGAUGACUAUAGCCUCCAAAGUGAACAGGGCACAUUGUCCAGUAAGUGGAGGCCUCCAUCCAGGUCAAAACACAACAUUGACCGGCUAAUGGGAGCUUUUGCCUCCUUGGAACUGAAAUGUCAGAAAAAGGAGGAGAUGACAGACUCCAGAACUUCCACAGUGGCCCGCCACUCGGACAAAGAGCCACUGCUGGGCCAGCCAGAGUCCAAAUUUCGCAGCCUCCUCACGUUGCCUCUGGAGGGCAAAACUAAACGUAGCCAUUCUUUUGACAUGGGGGACUUCACCACAUCUCAGUGUUGCACCUACCCAAGAAAGAUAACAAACAUUUGGACAAAGAGGAGCCUCUCGGUGAAUGGCAUGCUUUUGCAGUAUGAUGACAAUGACCUAACAGGGGCGAAAGGAACUUUCGGAAGCUCAGAGUGGGUAAUGGAAAGCACAGUGUAAAUAUCAGUGUCUCCCCUCCUUCUCUUCUCCCCUCGUGUUAUAAAGCAUGGCUUGCUGCAGGGCCUUGCAUUUGGAAAGAGAGGGCAGGAGACAUUUUCAGUUGUACUGGCCAAAAAGACAGGUAAAAAAAUAAGUAACAGGGAUACUGAAAGAGAAGGUAAGUUGUGAAAUGUGAAUAGGCACAUAUGGCACCAUUCUUGUCUGGCCCCAACUAAACCAUGUGUGAAUGUUUUGAGGAAUUUACUAGUUGUAUUUAGCAUUGCUUUCCAAAAGGUACUCAGACGCUUGGUGAACCAUCACACAAGAUUAAACAAGAGGGAUGAAUAGAGGUUUCACAGCACAAAUUUUAUUUUACAGAGUUUUUAAAAUUUUAUUUCUUUAAAGGGCACCUCUUUCUUUUCUUUUAGCCACAGAAAUACACUUCUGUGGAUACAAGACUGGUGCUAGUAUAUAUCUGGGUGCCAUUGCAAAUGACUUUCUCAGAAGUGCAGGCAGGGCACCCACAGGGACAGAUCAGAGCAAACUGUUCAGCAUAAUCUCAUGGUGUUAACUGUGACAUCUGGGAAAACAAUACUUGUUGAGUGGGCUUUUGGUUGGGAUUUAAUGAUUUCUGUUCUAUUUUGUCUUGUUACUGGCUUUGAGUUGUUUGUGGGUUUUUUUCUCCACAGCAGAAAGUAUGUUUCCAUGCAUUUUUUGGUUUUAUUUUCACUCUCAUCAAAUCCCCCAGAUGAAAAGGGGGUAUGUAUGAAGGUCAAAUUUCUGAUUCACUGUAUAACCCACCUCCAUGAUGGGUCUUACAUCCUAGGUAAAAUUAAAUUUAGGGGCUAAUAAAUGAAACAAACAAACAAACAAACAAACAAAAAAACCCCAUCCUCUUUCUUCCAUCUUCUUCAUAGUUUCUGCUUCUGAACGCUCAAGGCAGAUUGCAGCAGCUAUUGAUAUCUGCAAGGGUGUUGCUAUGAAAGAUGGAAAAAAUAGUAAUCAAGUUUUCCUAUUAAAGGAUAAAGAAGAUGAAAACUAAAGUGACUCCCAUGAAAUUUCCACAUUAUGAAUGCUGGUUGUUUCUGGAAAAAAGUCAGACUGACACUCCCUUCAAGAGAAAAAGGAAACACAGACUUUCACCCUAUGGUGACAAAAGCUCUGUCUGUACGGUCACCUUGACAGGGCUUGUCUGCAUCAGUAGCAUCACCGGAAAUGUAAGGUUUUCAUGUAUUUCAGGGGAUUAGGCAUGUUCCCAAAUAGCCAUGGAAACCAAGUUAAAUUUGGGUGUUUAGGGGGUCUCCUAUGUGUCCCCAACAUUACAGUGAGCUCUUUCCCAGUCCUCAGUGUACUCCUGUCCCCUUGUCUCUUGCCCUCACUAAGCUACUUGCUAACCAAGAACAGGAGCUAUUUAGGGCUUGUACACUGAUGCUCAAAUUUGGUUUUGGGGAGCAUUGCUACGGUUGUGGAAAUGCACAUGGCCCACUCAGCUGACUUCAUUGUUUUUGAAGACCUUGUGGUGAUUUCCAGCAUUCUGGUGGCUGCUGCAACUGUCCUUUCAUUAAUCCAUUCAAUGAUCAUCUGCUGGGAACCAUUCUGAAAUUGCACAUUGUUUCUAUGGUUUUGUAAAAGAUAUAUGGAAAAAGGAUGCAAGGCACAGAGAAGACAACACGUGAAAAAACUAAAUGUAUAUUUUUUUUAAAGGUGCAGAGAUAUAUUGUGACAUGGCUGUGUACUUGAUCUUGUAUUUGUCACGUUUCCUACUUGGAGUUUUAGAAAAUGACAUCCCUGUAAU